AUGUCUUGCACACGACUUUCACCAAGAACGUGUAUACGUGCUCAAAUAGACGCGUUGACUUUGACAGCUGGUCCCGAAGCGAAAUUUGUGAAUUUCGAGUCAGUCAUCAUUCGUGUCCCUCCAUACUUGUUGUCGGUCCAAAUUGAUCAGGUAUUGAUUGUCAUUCAUGACUAUUACCAACGGGCCGAAAGAUCAGUGAGCGCUGAGGAAGAAAGAAAAGAUGCAAGACAAAAAAUUGAAAGACAGCAUGAGUGGUGGGGCUGGCCAAGUAUAGCUCCACUAACUAAAUGGAGCUGGAGCUUGAGCUUGAGCUUGGGCUGGGGCUACGACUCUAGGAGACCCAGAAAAUGUAAUGCCGAUAUUAUGACAUAA